UAUGUACUGUGAGCCGCCCCCGCCGCCGCCGGAAAAGCCGGUUUGUAGGUGCAAGAACUGUAUACUCCGAGAACCGGAUAUCGUUCCUUGGAUUGAUGUCAUGUCCUUAAAUAUGGCUGAGCGAGAUGAUGAUAUCGUCCGGCGGAUGUCCACCAAGACACGUCGUUCUAUGGAGAGCGUGGUUUCAGAUGCACCAGAGCCGAAGAAAUCCAAUGAUCAACAGUUGUCCCCAGUAGAGAAUAACACUCCAUCCGAGUUUACCUCAAUCUUACAAGAGGAUACUCCACCGAAAAAACCUCCGCCCCCUCAACCCACCAUUUUGCUAGUUGUGGUCAACAAUCAGCAACCACAACAGUCUGCCAGAAGAGAAUGUCCGACCUCAGGAUCGGCGUGUCCAGGUUCAGGAUAUCCCUGCUCUGGACUUAGAGAAUAUUCCUGCCUAGCAGCUAGAGAAAGAGAAUAUUCCUGUCCAGUAGCUAGAGAAAGAGAAUAUCCCUGUCCAGUAGCUAGAGAAAGAGAAUAUUCCUGCCCAGCAGCUAGAGAAAGAGAAUAUUCCUGCCCAGUAGCUAGAGAAAGAGAAUAUUCCUGCCCAGCAGCUGGAGAAAGAGAAUAUUCCUGCCCAGCAGCUAGAGAAAGAGAAUAUUCCUGCCCAGCAGCUGGAGAAUCCAUCUGCCCAGCAGCUAGAGGAUAUACCUGCCCAGCAGCGAGAGGAUAUCCCUGCCCAGAAUAUCAUGGCCCGGCAACGGGUUAUCCCUGUCCAGCUGCCAGAGGACAUCCAGGCCCAGGACCGGGAUAUCCCUGCCCAGCAACUAGAGGACAUCCAGGCCCGGGACCCAGACGCUUUUCAGGACCAGGCGGACCACCAAAUAGGUAUUAUAAUGCACCGCUUAGACCUGGACCAAGACCAGGAUAUGAUGACCAUUUUCGAUACAAUAGAAACUUUCGAAACUGGUACCAAGAUUACCCAAGGGGACAGUCCAGAGGAUAUCCAAAUAAUGGUUACGCCGACUCGCCAAGGAAUCGUGGUUCGCCGACCUUUUACCGCGAUAGCCGAUAUGCCAGGCCUAAGUCAGAGGAUCGGACAAAGUCAAAUGAUCGAAUUAAAUCAGAUUUUCGGAUUAAAUCAGAUUAUCGGACAAAGUCAAAUGAUCGAAUUAAGUCAGAUGAUCGAAUUAAAUCAGAUUAUCGGAUUAAGUCAAGUGAUCGGAUUAAGUCAAGUGAUCGGAUUAAGUCAAGUGAACGGUUUAAGACAGUUGAUUUAACCAAGUCAGCUGAUCGGAUUGAGUCAGAUUAUCAACUUAGAUCUGUUGGAGGCAAAAUUAAAGAUAGUAGUUUGGGAGGGAGUCAAAUCCCCAAGGCUUCUAAUUCCGCAUAUUCAGAGCUAUCGCAACACACUGAUCAAUCGUCUACUAAAAGUUUCUCUACCGAAGGCUCAAGAAAAUCGAGUUUUAGUAUGAAAUCAAAAACACAACAAAACAACGAAGAGAACUAUUCGGAGUGGGGAAGUCAGGAGACUAUGCAGGAGGUUGUUGUGACUGAUAACACAAACAAGACAUUUAGAUGCAUUCAGGUUCCCAUUUGCAUAUCGGUUGGAAAACCCAAGAAUUGUCCUGCUUGCAAACGUGAUAGGUGUGCAAAUUCGCGGUCUAUAUGCGACGAUGAUGAGGACAAGUCCAGCUGUAAUUCCCAAGACAAAUGCAGUUGUAGUUCCCAAUCCAAUGGCAGCUUUAAUUCGCAAAGCACCUGCAGCUGUUGUAUCCCAGAAAAAUGCAGUUGUAGUUCCCUAUCCAGUUUUAAUUGCCAAAGCACCUGCAGCUGUAAUAUCCCUGAAAAUUUCUGCUGUACUUACAAAGACAGCUUAGAUUUCCAAAACACCUGCAGCUCUAAUUCUCAAAGCAUCUGCAGCUGUAAUACUCCAGUCAAACGCAGAUAUAGUUCCCAAUGCAAUGACAUCUUUAAUUCUCAAGUCAAGUGCAUCUGUAAUAUCCCGGACACUGACAGCUGUGAUUCCCAAAGCAUCUGCAGUUGUAAUUUUCAAGAUAAAUGUUGCUGUGAUACCGAAGAUGACUGCAAUAUCUCCAAUUUGGAGCGAACUCUCUGUGAUAUAGUGCCGAAUGUCGAGUGCUUGUCCUACUUAAAAGAGAAAAAGCAGCCCAGAAAACGUCGAAAAAAAAGGCCUGUUAAAGUCGUUUACGAUCGGUUUGCCAAUCCUCCAUUUGUCCUCGAACCAAAGCCUAGAUGCUUGGAGUAUGGUUGCUGUCCUUAUGGCCAAUGUUGCUUUAAUUCCUGCUGCUGUGCUCCGGUGGGAAGAACUUGCUAUAACUUGGACUAUUGCUGUGGAAGAGGUUGGGGCUGCUGUUAAGGCAAUUUCCUGUGAGCACUUCAAGGGAACAGAGGCUAAAACCUCCUCAAUCAACUCAAAAAAAAAAUCUUAAAUAUUUUACAAGAGACUGUAACGUCACUUUCUGAUAAAUAAUAUCCAAACGAUUACUUACCCCAAGGAAUUUAUA